CCUUUUUGUUUUCUCGUCACCAUGACGACAAAGUUUCAACAGCAGCAACCUGACAGUCCGGACCAGAACCAAAACCCUCUGUUACUGAGGUGUGGAGAUGAGCAGUGUGAUGGACCAGAGCUCGGCCCGCUCUGGCUGUCGCUGUCAAAGUAAAGCAAAGACCUCCAAACUGAGACAUCUGCAUCAGAGCACCCUGUUCCUGGGGGACACGGCACCGAGCUACUCCACCACCCACAACCAGAGUUAUUCUGGAAGGUCGGCCGACGGACGUCCUCUCAUCUUCCACCUGAGAGACCCCAGCUUCCCCUCGCAGCACCGGACCCGGCUGGACCUCAGCACCGACACCACACCGCUGCCGUGUGCGCUGCAGUCACACACUGCAGAGGUGCACAGUGCCAAACACAUCACACCGAGGACCGACCCGAAGGUGGAAAACUGGGCUCGGUAUCGCAGCGGCCAGGACGUCAGAGAGGUCACCAACCCGCAGGAUCCAUCAGAGUACUGGACCACCUACCAAACGGAGCUCAGGGUCCCAGGAAGCGACAGCUCGCCACCGCUGGCCGGCGGCAGACCAACACAGUGGCACCAACACAACAUACUGACAGGUGAACCGAGGCCGACGGUUGGCCCGGGGAAGCCCAGCAGACGGUCCAGGGACAAGCUGCUGUGGGCGGCGAGGCGCUGGGAGACGGACUACUCUGCACUCAGACUCUACUGACGCACAUCACAACAAUCAUACUGCAACGCUUCAAUAUUAAUGAUCUCUGCUGUCUGGUCUGAUGUUUUACUUUGACUGAUUCCCCCUCUGCAGAUCACAGUGAAUAUUCAGUGUCAGCUGACGUCUUCUUCUAUGAACUGAAGUAAAAACUGGGAACAGGCCUGGAGGGAAACCACAGGGAGUCUCAGUCACAUAAGAUAUGCAGCAAGAUAUUUUAAGAUCAGUCUGAGAGAGGGAAAGACGUAUGAAGGAAGAAAAAAAGAUCUGUAAGACAUUAUAAUGAUAGACUUACUCAAAAUAAAGACUUAUGUGAAAAUAUUGAGAAACUUUCUCAGUACUUUGAACUAAAAUACUCUCAAAAUAACGACUUUGUGAUACUAAGUCAUUAUUUUUAUAAAGUUUCUCAUUAUAAUGUCUUACAGAAUCCAGAAAAGGGCUUCCAUAAAUACCAGAGAGACCACAGAGCUGCUUUGUUUGUUCUCACUCUGGAACACAGAGAGAAAUUCAAUCAAUAAGUCUGACAACGUUUCAGGUUUUACUUUGUGUCUGUGUGUUCUGUUUUUUAAGUUUGGUUUCCACUGAUGUGUCAUUGUUUCUUUUUAUAUUACAUGUUUAGUCUUUUAGCAUCCAAUGAAGUGGCCUCCCUUUAUGUUGUGUUGGAUUAGAUUGGUGUUUGAUUUGAUUUUGUAUUGAUCUACAAACAGUGAACAGUGAACGUACGGUUGAGCGAGGCUGAACUUUGCACAGACAUCCAGAACUCGUACGUCACAUGACUUGUUUCA